UGUUUACUUCGAAUGAAUUUAUUUAAGAAGAUUAAAGAUGUUUAUUUGUAUUCAAGACGGCAAGUAAAUUUCUUUAGUAAUUAUUCACGAAUCAGUAGUUUUUAAUAUGUAAUUGAUUUAUUUAAGUAUAUAUCAUGUUGUCUUAGAAGAAGCACAUAAUGUUUCAUUACUUAAAAAAUGAAAAACAGUCGAGUGUGGAACCAUUUUAAUAUGGUCGAUAAAAAUAAGACUCAAUGCAUUCAUUGUCGAAAGUAUAUUUCAAAGAAUGGUGGAACAUCUAAUUUAAAAAAGCACUUGUCACGAAAACAUCAAGAAUAUUGUAUAGAUUUGGAUGUACGAAAUCCUAAAAAAAUCUUUGACCAUUAUCAAAUGCUUGAGGACUUGGCACUUGAUCUAAAUUUUGAUGAUGAGAAAAUUAAACAAUUUAUAUGUGUAAUACAAAUGAAUUCAAUUUUAUAUUCCAAAACAAAUGAGAAAGAAUUAACAGAUUACGAGAAACAAAGUUGUAAAACGAUUUGGGAAGAAAUUGCAAAUGAGUUUGAAAUACACGAAAGUGAUUGCCGAAGAAUUUGGUCGAUAUUACACAAACAGUACUCCUCAUAUAUUAGAACAAGAGAUCCUGAAAAAUGUAAAUAUAUCAACGAAUUAGCUUUUCUGGAUGAAUACUUACAAAGAAAUCGAAUUGAAAAAGUACCAAUGAAAGAUACUGAAACUUUAUAUAAAAAUUACAAUUUGCCUGGUGAAUCCAAAAAAGUAUUGAUAUCGGUACCAGAUAUUUCUGACACACCCAUACAUGAAAUUAGUGUUAAUAAAACAGAGUUACUGGAUGAUGAUAAUUCAGCAGAAGAUUAUGAAGUUUUAUAUGAAGAAUUUGAUCCAAUAUUAGUUAAAAAUCAGACUUUAGAUAAUCCUGUGGAAGAGUGUAAAAAUGAAACAAUAUUCCAUGAGAAAAGUGAAUGGAAUAAUUAUAAGUCAAAGAGAUAUGUUUCAGAACGUAAUCAACAAUCUUAUCAACGUCAAAAACAUUUUAAUCGUUAUCAACAUCAAGAUGAAGGAAACAAAAUUAACCAAAAUUUGCCAAAAGAUCGUUACAAUCCAAAUAUUAAAACUGAAAAUAAGAACCAUAAUUUAUAUAAAAAUCGAAAUAUUUGUUCCUCACCUAAGCGUAUGAAAAAAUCUACAGAUGAUAUGGACGAAAUUGAUUUUUUCUUUGAAUUUUUACAUCGUAAACUUAGAAAAAUGUCUUCAGAUUUAUGUAGGCAAUUACAAAUGAAAUUCAUGGAAACUAUUCAAGAAGCUGAACAACGAAGUCGUAAGCAUACAGAUCGAAGUGUUGACACGGCUGACCCUUUCGAAUAAUUAAUUCAAUAAGUUACUUUAUGUUUGCAUGGAAAUUGAAUCUUAAUUAAACUUAUAAUUUUGAUACAAAACGUCAUAUUUAGUAAGGAUAGAGUGAUUUACAUCAUUAUUCCUUAAAAAUAUUGAUACUGAUAUAUUAUUUAGAUCUUAGAGUGUAAUGUAGAUCAAUAAAUUUUUUGUAUGA